AUGGCGACGCUCUACCUCCGCCCAUCCCCAAGGGCGUUCUUUCUGCUGACCGAGACACAUGCCCUCGUCUUCCGGCAGCCCCACGCGAGCGAGUCCAAGGCGGCGCGGAGCGUCGUGGUCGCAGAGUUCCUUCCAGUCCAGGAUGUAGACAUGCGAGGACUGGUCAAGGUGACCAAGGGCCGCCCUAUCGAGGGCGUGUUGGGCGUGACGAGCGUUCCAAGUGAUCGGUCGCCCAUCCCCGAAAUCUUCCUCCUCCUCGUCUCCGCCUCAACUCCCCUCUCUCCUCUCCAGUCUUCCUCUGCACUUCGGCCAGCUCGCGUCGUUGGUGUCGAGUUCUACUCUCUCACUUCAUCCUUCUGGGACGGCCCGGAACUUGCAGUGUCAUCCUACGGCUCCCUCGCCGAGGACGAAUCGGAUGAUCCAUACUACGUAUCAUCUUUCCAGGCCGCCUCGACUUCGUCGCCCUCGGUGCAAAGUCAGGCGGCAGCGCAGGGCGUCGAACAUCCAUGCGCGGGGAUGAAGAAGUACCUCGAGUCGGGCGGGUUCUUCUACGCGCAAGAUACCAAGUGGGACAUCAGUACCCGGAUGGGAGAAACGAAUUGGCUUCAGGCGGAGAAGGGUCAGACGGCGCACCCGCUAGAAACGUUCGACGAGCGGUUCGUAUGGAACGCCAACCUCCUGGCGCCUUUCAUCGCUUUCCGGUCGGCCCUGCCCCUGGAUCAACGGGACAAGCUGGACGAGCAGGCGCUCCUGAUUCCCGUCAUCCAGGGGUUCGUCGGAUCGUCUCCGGUCUCAACGGGGUCGUGGUCGGAUGACGGAAAGCCAGAGAUCGUUGCGCUAGGGAUGAUCAGCAGGCUCAGCUGGAAACGGGCAGGGGCGAGGUUUAGGACGAGGGGAAUCGACGAUGAUGGGCAAGUCGCCAACUUUGUCGAGACCGAGGUCAUCCUUGCCACGCCCUCGGUCACUUUCAGCUGGGUGAUUGUACGAGGGUCGGUACCGCUGUUCUGGCAGCAGCCAAGUCAGGGACUGGGUACCUUGCAGCAGAAGGUUGAGAUUACAAGAGCAACUGAUUCUCAGCCGCCACAAGCAUCGCAACCCGCUUUCGACAAGCACUUCAUGGAGCUUCUCCAACAUUAUCACUCAAUUCACGCCGUCAACCUCCUCGGCCAAAAAGACGCCGAGGCCAUGCUCUCUGCUUCCUACUCGGACCACCUCGAAUCCCUCAAACACACUCUCGAGAAAAUGUCGCCCGAUGAAAAGUCUCAGCUGGAGGCGGAGCAAGAUCGGACAGUCGAACUCACACCCUACGACUUUCACGCUACGGUCCGGACUCAUGGACACGAGGGGGUACGAUACGACUUUGCGACGCGGUUGAGGGAGAUGGUGAUUUCUAGGCAAAAGUUUGGGUGGACCGCGGUGGAUUCUCAGUCUGGUCAGAUCGUGGAGCAGCAGAGGGGGGCGUUCAGAGUCAACUGUCUUGAUUGCUUGGAUCGCACCAACUACGUACAAGACGUCCUGUCGCUACUCACGCUCAACGCUUUCCUCGAAUCGGUACAGUCACCAAUGCUCGGCUCAGCUGCGCUCUCAGCUGCACAUCGGGAAUUAUGGGCGGACAACGGGGAUCGAUUGUCGAAGAUAUACGCUGGGACCGGCGCGCUCAAUACGAGUGCAACAAGAAGCGGGAAGAAGACGUUCGCUGGGCUACUGAGCGAUGCUACAAAGUCUAUUGGAAGAGCCUAUAUCAACAACUUCCAGGAUAAGGACAAGCAGGCGGCCAUUGACAUGCUCCUCGGUAUGAUGGCGGGGCAACGCCAAGUCAUCCUCUUCGAUCCCAUCAGCGACUCGGUCAACUCUGCGCUCAACGCCAGGAUCAAGGAGUACUCGCGAUCCCGAUCAGUGACGAUAUUCUCUGGGACCUGGAACUUGAACGGCAAGGCUCCGGAUGAGGCGGAUGUGUACAUGAUUGCAUUCCAGGAGAUUGUCGAGCUCACUGCUGGGCAAAUACUGCAGACGGAUCCUGCCAAGCGCCGGAUGUGGGAAAAGUACAUCAUGGACACUUUUGCGACGCGGAAGGGCAAGGGCAAGCAGUCGGACUAUGUCUUGUACCGGAGCGAGCAGCUUGUCGGUACCGCCCUGAUCGUCGUUGUCAAGCACGGCGUGGCAUCAGCCAUGCGCCACGUCGAAUCUGCUACCAAGAAGACCGGCCUACAAGGCUUGUCGGGCAAUAAAGGCGGAGUCGGGAUCCGCUUCAAUCUUUUCGACUCGACCGUCUGCUUCAUGACUUGUCACCUGGCCGCCGGACACUCGAACGUGACAGAACGAAACGCCGACUACCGGACUAUCGAUAGCGGGCUGAAGUUUCUCCGAGGCAAGACCAUUGAGGACCACGACAUUGUCAUAUGGUCUGCGGACUUCAAUUACCGGAUCGGUCUUUCGAACGAAGAGGUUCGAGGUUAUGCAGAAACCGAUCAGAUGGACCAGCUUCUCGGCAUGGACCAGCUCAUGCAAGCGAUGGAUGCAGGGGACGUCUUCAAUGGUUAUACGGAAGCGCCUAUCACUUUCCGCCCGACAUACAACGACAAUGGCACGGACGAGUAUGACACCUCAGACAAGGCUCGGAUUCCGGCCUGGACCGACCGAGUGCUGUAUAAAGGCCAGCUCAAGCUUUCAGUGUACGACCGCUCAGAGUUGCGGACGUCGGAUCAUCGGCCGGUGUAUGCAAUCUUCGAGGCGAAGGUCCGGGAGGUGGAUCACGGCAAGAAGGACAAGAUCACGAGGGAGAUCAAGGGGAAGCUGAAUUCGGGCGAGGGAUUUGCUGGGCUGGAAGAAAGCACGGCCCAACAUCUUCCCUCGCCCGCCGCAUCCUCCUCCUCAUCCCGACCUGUACCUUCCACCAUCAUACCAAAGCUCCCUCCUCGACCCUCGGUGAGCUCCGCCAAUCCGCUCAGCGCCUCUACUGCCUCCGCCACCUCUUCACAAAAGCCACAAUUGCCGGUGCGCAAACCCACAAUCGACUCAUCCGAAUCACCCUCGGAGCGCAAGAAGGGCUCGGUCGCGAGUGCCAUCUCUGCUUUCGAGACCUCACGGUCGACUGCGGCGGCCGCUCCCCGAAAUCCCUCAUACCGCAAACCCCCUCCAACAGUCGCUCGAUCCUCCCCUGUCACCCUUCCCACCAAGGACAGCCCCACCUUUGAGUCCCCCAGCAUCACUCCAGCCUCCACAGGCGACUACAUGAUCGUCACCACCCCGUCAUCCGCCCGCGCUCGUCCUCCAGUAUUACCGGCUCGACAGCCCAGCAAGCCAGUGCCACUUGAUCUCGACGAGUCGCCCCCCAAGGACCUCAUGCCGCCCGUCAUGCCGGACAACAUAGAGGCGGCUCCUCCUGCUGCAAAGGCGGACAAGAAGCCGCCUCCGGUGGUGGCCAAGCCCACAAAUCUGCGGAGUAGAAGCUCGGCAGGAUUUCCUCCGGGAGUCUGA